UGGCAUUGUCAACUGCUCACGAACGGUUCGAAAAGCGGAGCGCGCGUUAAUUCAUUCAGCAAACGGAAAAGGCGUAAAACUCAAGUUGCAGUUCUUCAUCCAUUUCCACCAGCAAUCUCCGACAAAAUGAGCUGCGGAAUGUCCAUGGUUAAAUAUAUCUUAUUUAUAUUUAAUUUGCUCUGUUCGAUAUGCGGCAUCUUACUGAUCGUAUUCGGAGCUCUGCUGUUCAGCAAAGUCCACAACAGCGAUGAUGUCGGGGACGCCCUGCGAUCCCAGCAGGUGUCAUUGACUAUGAUCAUCCUGGGCACCAUCAUCCUGCUGAUUUCCUGGUUCGGCUGCUGCGGAGCCAUUCGGGAGUCCUACUGCAUGUCCAUGACGUACUCGAUUCUGCUGUUCGUCCUGAUGAUUGGCCAAUUGGCUUUGGUCAUCUACAUGUGGGUGCAGAAGGAGAAGUACCUGGAGAUCAUGGGAGAUGUGGUCGAGAAGGCCUGGGACAAUCGCACCCGUCGUUCCGACUACUUGGACGCCAUUCAGAUUAACAUGAAAUGCUGCGGACGCAAUGGCUACACCGACUACUCCUACCAGGGCAGGCUCCCUCCUUCCUGCUGCACCGACACGAACAUCUGCCGCGUGGAGACCGCCUACAAGCGGGGAUGCAAGGUGACCUUCGUCGAGUUCUGGGACAGGAACUGCGACAUCAUUAAGUAUGCCGGUCUGGUCAUCGCCGCCAUUGAAUUCGUGGGAUUCGUUUUCGCCUGUUGCUUGGCGAACAGCAUUCGGAACUACAGACGCCGUGCGGAAUAUUAAUCGCUGGACAAGGGCCUCGCAGUAAUUUAAAUUAAAAACGAAAGUACGAAUUAUGUUGCCCAAUUUUACGAAUACGAUUAUAUACCUGAUACAGAUGGCCAUUCAAAUUUGCAUAAUCUCAAGCUUAAGCAGCAAAUCCCAUGACGAAUGCGAAAUGAUCCCUUUUGUAAGAUCGUUUGUUCAAAUUAACACUGAUUGUGCUAAUAUGUUUAACUGUACAAAAUAAUUUAUACUCCUAGAGAUUGCAAUAAACGGAGAAAUUUAUUUACAAACCA